AUUGACUUACGCUUUACCUGAAAUCUCAGCAUGAGCAGGUCUUAGCUCUGUGAUUUUGAAGCUAUACCUGUGUAAACUGUGGAUAUAAUGAGGAAAGAGAAUCAAGUCACGGAAACUCUUGAAGAAGCAAAUUCUUUGCUCUACAGUCAUUCGGAACUGAAUUCGUCAACAAUGUUUUCUAAAUCCAAGGGAAAGUCCUUGAACAAGUUUUGCAUCGCCCAUUCAUCUGUGUCCGCCCCUCAAUCUCGUACAAGUUCCAUACGAAAAGGAAAAGCAGACGACAAUGGCGGAACUAUCGAAAGUUUCCGAAGGAAUAGUCUUCCGAUAGAUUGUGAUUUGACAAAUUUAUUUUCAUUUUCCGCCGAAAGUUUUUCUCAACGUACUAGCUCUCAUGAGACUUUCCAACGCGUUAGAUCAUUUAAAGUGACUUCCAAAGGACUUGUUAACCAUGGAGAUUCCUUCAGAAAUAAAAACAGGGGGAGAGCUCUUCCUUCAAGUGGAUCAUUUAAAAUUGAUAAAAGACAGCGACUGCCGAGCGAAACCUCAAAUGAUACAGACAGUUACUCUAGCAGUGCUAACGAGUAUUUUCGAAUUGCAAUACUUGGUGCCCACAGUGUUGGUAAAACAACACUUAUGAACCAGUUUAUGACAUCUGAAUAUAUUGGCGGCCAGGAAGAUGUCAGUGAUAACAGAGCUUCCAUGAAUGUUUCGGUGCUCCUUGAUGGAGAAGAAUCGUCCCUUGAAUUUUGGGAUGCUCAGGUGGACCAGAACGUUGGUGAAAGUUUCUUCGAUGCCUUUAUUUUUGUUAUGUCGGUGGACGAUGUUGCUUCCUUUGAGACCGCAAACAAUGCCAUGCACCGCCUAAGGAACGAUCUAGGUUCUGAUCGCCCUAUUAUCCUAGUUGCUAACAAGAUUGAUUUGGUACGCAACCGGAAAGUCACCUCCGAAGAGGCCAGACAAGUUGCAAAUCAACAUGAUGCCAAAUACAUUGAGACGUCGGUGACGUUACACCAUCACGUGGAUGAACUUUUAGUCGGAAUAAUACGUCAGAUCCGGUUGCAAUUAAAUGGUAUCAUUCCGACAUUUGUGUCCUUCACCAACAAGAAACAAAAGUACAUUAAAGGACCAAGAAACUUUCUGAAGAAGAUUCUAAAACUUAAAAGAAAAAGCAAAGAGUCAGUUGAGAAUGUGAUUGAAUAUUAAGUUGCUUUUAUUUUGAAUAUAUCUGUGAUAGUACUACAUUCGAUUUAAUAUUAAUUGUGAUUGUUUGGAUGAGUUGUUAAUAAAUUUG